GUGAGUGCUGAGUGGCUGUCAACACUGUCAACAGUGUCAACAACAACACAAACCAUAACCUUAUUUUUCAGAAAUAUCAGUAUUUUAAUUUAGAAUUUUAAUCCAAUAGCUAAUAGCUAUGAUAAGAAAUAUCUUGUCUUGUAAGGUUUCACCUCAAUAUCAAAUUUCACAACAUAUUAUGUCGUCACGUAAACAAUGCCCAGCUCGCCUAAUCUCGCUGAAUCUCCGAGGGCUGCAAAGAUCCGAAAAUACUCUGAAACGAUCAUUUAUGCCCUUUUAAUAUUCAUCCUGAUUCCAUUUCGAGUCGAUCAAGAUAAAGAACAAUUCCAAAAGUACCUGAAGGAUUUCAACAAGAGUUAUGACAAUGAGACUGAAUAUGAACUCAGACUACAGGCAUUCAAGUCAUCCUUGAGAAGCAUUAAACAACUUAAUACUGACCAUUCUAACGAUUCAGCUAGAUAUGGCCUCACAAAAUACUCUGAUAUGCUUCCUGAAGAAUUUCUCAUGAACAAACUACUUCCUAAUAUUACUCAUAUUUAUGGGCUUCCACAUUCACCCCUGAGAAAGAGAUCUGUGCCUCUGGUAAGAAUCAACAUUCCUCAAAAAGUUGAUUGGAGACAACUAGAGGCUGUUACUAAAGUUCGUUCUCAAGAUGCAUGUGGUGCCUGUUGGGCAUUCUCAGUGAUAGGGGUAAUUGAGUCCAUGUAUGCCAUAAAGAACAAGGAACUGAAGUAUCUCAGUGUUCAGCAGAUGAUUGACUGUUCCAAGUAUAAUGAUGGGUGUAAUGGAGGUGAUAUAUGCUCUCUUAUGAGAUGGAUCAAGUCUGAAUCCGUUGAGAUUCUGGAUGAGCAAAAUUACCCUUUGUACUUGGCUGAUCAAGAGUGCAGGAAUAUCAGUGGAAAGGGGGUCCAAGUAGCUGAUUUCAUGUGUAGAAGUUUUGUAGACUCUGAAGAUAUCAUCUUAACUCUCCUAGCGGAACAGGGUCCUGUUGCAGUAGCUAUCAACGCACAAACUUGGCAAAAUUACAUUGGGGGCACCAUCCAAUAUCACUGUGAUGAUGAUCAAUUGAGAUUGAACCAUGCCGUGGAAAUUGUAGGUUAUGAUUUGACUGCCCGAAUUCCGCAUUAUAUCGUGCGGAAUUCUUGGGGGGAAGAAUUCGGGGACAAGGGUUAUUUGUAUAUAGCUGUUGGGGGCAACUUGUGUGGUUUGGCACACGAGGUAACUGCCAUACGAAUUUUGUGAAUUGAUAUUCGAGUAGUUGUGAUAGUAAAGAGUCAAAGAUUUAAACAGGGUGUCCCAAAACUCAA